CGGGGGGAGGGGCGGGAGGGGCGGCGGCACCGAGCCCCGCGCGCGGCAGGCUUCCCGCCCCGCCUUCCACCGGGAGCGCGAGGCAGAGGCAGCGCCCGCUUGCCCCCUCCGCGGCGCCGGGGGAGCGGCUCCGCCCGGGCCCGCCAGUGACGCGAGGGGCAGGGCCGAGCGCUGCGCCUCGGGCCUUGCAGGCCGCUGUCGGCGUGACUCGGCCGGGCCGGGCCGGCACCCUGCGCGCUCAAGAUGUCGGCGCAAGCCCAGAUGCGCGCCAUGCUGGACCAGCUCAUGGGCACGUCCCGGGACGGUUCAAUGUAUCUUUGCCUGCCUACAUCAAUCUGCAAGGGAGUGUCAGAAAGGCCCCGCAUUCGCCGAGCCGUGACACGACCCGUCAGCGAAUCAAAUUCAGUGAUGACAGAGUGUGCAAGAGCCACCUUCUCAACUGCUGCCCUCAUGAUGUACUCUCUGGAACUAGAAUGGACCUUGGAGAGUGUCUGAAGGUGCAUGACCUGGCAUUAAGGGCAGACUAUGAAAUAGCAUCCAAAGAUCAAGAUUUCUUCUUUGAGCUUGAUGCAAUGGACCACCUGCAGUCAUUUAUUGCAGACUGUGACAGGAGAACAGAAGUGGCUAAGAAAAGACUAGCAGAAACCCAAGAAGAGAUCAGUGCUGAAGUUGCAGCUAAAGCUGAAAGAGUUCAUGAAUUGAAUGAAGAAAUUGGGAAACUGCUGGCCAAAGUAGAACAGCUUGGAGCUGAUGGGAAUGUGGAAGAAUCUCAAAAAGUAAUGGAUGAAGUGGAGAAGGCUCGGGUAAAGAAGAGAGAAGCAGAAGAAGUAUACAGGAAUUCUAUGCCUGCCUCCAGCUUUCAGCAGCAGAAGCUACGGGUUUGUGAAGUGUGCUCAGCUUAUCUUGGUCUUCAUGACAAUGACCGACGACUUGCUGAUCAUUUUGGAGGAAAACUGCAUUUAGGAUUUAUUGAAAUACGAGAGAAGCUUGAGGAACUCAGGAGGAUUGUGGCUGAUAAACAGGAGAAACGAAAUCAGGAGCGUCUGAAACGUAGAGAGGAGAGAGAAAGAGAAGAAAGGGAGAAACUAAGGAGGUCCAGAUCCCACAGCAAGCAUGCCAAAAGAUCUAGGUCCCGAGAUCGCCGCAGGCAUCGGUCUCGCUCAGCCUCCCGGGAACGAAAGAGGAGAACCCGCUCCAAAUCCCGCGAGAAGCGCCAUCGCCACAGGUCCCGCUCCAACAGCCGCAGCCGGAGUCGCAGCCAUCAUAGAAGCCGGCACAGUUCCAGGGAGAGGAGCCGGGAGCGCAGCUCCAAAAAGAGAUCCUCAAAAGAAAGAUCUUCAAGAGAUGAACGCUCAAGAGAUCGCGAUAGAACAUCACGUGAUAAAGAUAGAAGCUCAAGAGAGAGAUCACCCCGAGAUUUCAAAGACAAGAAACGUUCCUACGAAAGUGCUAAUGGCCGAUCAGAAGACCCGAGGAGCUCAGAAGAGCGUGAAGCAGGGGAGAUAUAACUGGCUGUGUAUUCACCUGAUCUCUAGCUUCCUAUGGAGUUGCAUACUAUGGUUUAGUUUACAGUUGUUCAAAGGGACACCAGUGAGCAGUUCCACACACUGAUCCAACUAGGGUAGAUGUACAGUAUAUAAAAGUGGUUAAUAACCAAGUCAGAAUUAAACCCCAUCAAUUAACGAUGCCUAAAGCUGGGUCCUGGACUUCCACCAAGUUGUAAAACUUUUCUGAAAGAUUUCUCUUUAUUCAGGACAACAGUUUUAUGUACCAAGAUGCAGAUCUAAAUGUUUUUAAUCUCCUUUCCAAUACAAGUUAGUGAACAAAUUAUAUUGUACUACUUGCCUUGGGUGCUUUUGAACCUUUAUAAAUUCUCCAAUUCUGCUCCGGUCAAAACAGCAGCGUUGAAAGGUUGUAUUUUGGGGGAUUUUUUUGUUUGCUUUUUUUUGUAAGAGGGCGGGUGGAUGGAUAUUACCUUUUACUCUAAGGUUAUGUUCCCAGUGAUGUUGUUUUGUUUGGGAACCUAGGAAUUGAUUACAGUGGGAGCAUUUAGACAGGAAUGUGUGCUGGAGAAAGCGGAAAUGUCUUUUUACAGUGCCUAUUUAGACUUGGAAAUUGAACAGCUGUUGCAUUACAUCUUUUUUUAUUUCUACUUAAAUUUUGAAAUCAAAGCCAGUCCCAUAUCUGUACCAUUUGAUUGGUAUGUGUUCAAUAUAUUUGUUUUUUUCCAUAA